UCUCGCUCUCUUGCUUUACUUAACUUUGCUCGAAAGUCGAGAAUCAGCUAAGAAUCUUUUCACGAGACCUCUCUUACUCUCUCGCUCCAAUCAGAUCUUCGUUAACUUCAGCAAUGACCUCGCUAUCCCUCUUCACGCCUGUGUUAUUCACACGCGCCACCCAAUCUGGCUACAUGCGUCGCCCAUGGCACGCGUUCCUGUCAUUCUCAUCCUUUGCCCGCCCCAUAUCAGCUGGCGACGCCACCGCACGCUACUUCCCCUAUGCCAUGAGAAUCCUAGCGGUCCUCUUACUCAGCCUGCUAUGGCAUCCAAUCUCCAUGAUCGUCUUCUUGGUCGUCUUCGUCGCCUGGUUCUUCCUUUACUUCUUCCGAAACGAUCCCUUGUAUAUUAUAAACCAUCCGAUUGACGACCCCAUCAUACUGGCGAUCCUCAGUGUAAUUACGGUUGUAGCUCUGGUUGUCAUCCACGUUUGGUUGAACGUGUUGGUUUCCAUUUUGGUUGGGACUUUCAUGGUGGGAGUACACGCUGCGUUCAUGGGAACAGAAGAUUUGUACGGUGAAGUGGACGGCAUCGAUGGCGGACUGGCUUCGGUUGCGGGCAGCCCCGCCCGAAUUGGGUACUCCCUCGUUUAAAAUCCAAACAACUGAUUUAAACGGUGAGUUGAUUAUUUGCAUACAGUGGUUU